UGAGUGAAAUGUAAGGAUGAAGAGGCAGAGUGUGGAUGGGGCUUAAAGGUGCAGCCAUGAACUCCCAUGUGGGGGUCAGCGGUGGGAACGAGAGCAGCAUCCGUGUGGAGCAACUUCUGCGACCGGCGCUUCCGGGAAGGAAAGUCCACAGCGAGAUAAGACGGGAUGGAGAUGAAAGAAGUUGGGAGAAAAGAGGGAGACUCAGGAAGUGUGUCAGUAUUGAGAAUGUCGGCAAUGGAUCAGAAGAGGGAGGAAGCACAGAGAGUCUGUCCAGCUCUGGUUCGGAUCAAGUGGAUUCUGCAGUUGGGUCGAACGCAGUGGCUAGCGCCAGUGCCAUCAUGAAUAAAACCUCUCUUCAGCAUCCACAAGCAGCGGGGAGGUGUUCACCCCCACCUCUCACCUCCGUUCGAAACAGCUCACCCGUCCCCUCUCGCCCUCAGAGAGCUUCAUCAUCCGGGACCACCUCAGUGAGGCCACCCAGCCGUCCUCCCAGAGACCCAUGCCGGGUGGAUGUGAGGACACCUGGCGGCUUGUCACAGACUUUGAACAACGCUGUGGGAGAGACCCACUUGGACGAGGAGGAAGAGGCCGGAGGUGUGAUGGACGUGACGAGCCCAUCUCGGAUCACGGUGCCGGAGAGGAUGAGCAAGAAGGAGAGGAAGAGAAUCAAAUGUGCGAGGAGGAGGCAGAAGAGGAAGGAGCGAUGGAGGCAAAGUCAGCUGCAGGGCUCCACAGGUAGCAUUACCAGCAGCAGCGAUGAGGAGGAAGAAGACGUGAGCAAGGAGGGAUACAUGUGCGCCGUGUGCCUGGACGUCUACUUCAGCCCGUACAUGUGUCAGCCGUGCAAGCACAUCUUUUGUGAACCUUGCCUGAGGACGUUGGCCAAGAACUGUCCCACCAGCACUCCCUGCCCCCUCUGCAGAACCAUCAUCACGCACGUCUUCUUCCAGAAGGAGUUGAAUCAAAUGGUAAGGAUGUUCUUCCCAAAGGAAUACGCAUGUCGGAAACAAAACUUCCAGAAAGCGACUUGUGCGAAAUGGCCUCUGCCGAGCUGCAGAAAACUCUUCAGAAUAUUUGGAGGUUUCAGGCCUUCCAGCCCCAUGGCGCGACGUCAGUUGCCUCGUGCGGGCGGCGGCUUCCGUCUGAGCGCGUUGGAUUUUGACGACGACGGCCGCGGGUGGCAUUUUGACAUGGAUAUGGUCAUCAUCUACAUUUACUCUGUCAACUGGAUUAUUGGCUUCUUCAUAGUUUGCAUCCUCUGUUAUCUCUUUUUCCCCUCUUUUUGACAGUCUGAUGGAGAUGAUGAUGAUAAUGAUGAUGAUGAUGACAGGUAUAAGAGAUUAAGCCGUUUGCUGCACUGUGGAAACAAGCAGGUGGGAUGUUGAGUGGAGCAGUGUCAGCUUGUUAUCAGCCAUUAAUAAACGAUUGAAAGGGCAUAUUGUGUAGGAAGCACAUUUGGGUGUUCAAUUUUCUCAGUGAGCACGAUGAACAUGUACUCGGCUGUUUAUUGAU